UUACUAGUUCAUUUUUAUCGAGCUGGUUCACAGGCCAUCUCUAGAACGCACGGCCAAUACGUAUUAAUUUACGAGAAAACUUGUAUUUAAUUCGAAGUCAUUUCGCAGGAAAGAACAGGCUUGCUGUUGAGUGACUGAAAACUUAAGGAAAGCGAUCACAGGAGCCACCAUCAUGAGCACACCCACCGACCAACCCCCGCGCAACGAUAGCGCUGAGACCAACAGUUCCGAAGGAUCCUCCCAGCAGCAACAGCAGGAGCAGCAGCAGCCAUCCCAAUCACAGAACGUACCGGCCAAGCUCUUACAGCAUUUCCAGACGAACCGCAUUGAUUCUGCGCUGUGGGCCUUGCGUCUGCUGGUCAUCUUCUUCACUGUCAGCUACGUGCUGCCUAUCUUUACAUCGCAACAGAGCGCAUUCAGCAAGGUCCUUCUGGCCAAUGCCGCCAUUUCUGCCCUGCGUUUGCACCAGAGGGUGCCAGCGUUCUCCUUCAGCCGGGAGUUUCUGGCCCGCCUGUUCGCCGAAGACUCGUGUCACUACAUGAUGUACUCCCUGAUCUUCUUCAACAUCGCCCCAUCGCUGCUUGUUCUGAUCCCCGUGUUGCUCUACUCGGUUCUGCAUGCCUCUAGCUACUCGCUCAAGCUGCUGGAUCUUAUUGGCCAAAACUCGUGGUGGGGUGCCCGGUUUAUCAUCUCCAUUGUGGAGUUUCAGGCGGCCAAUAUUCUGAAAGCGACUGCAUUCUGCGAAAUUUUCAUCAUGCCCUACGCCAUUGUGCUGACCUUCAUGAGACACGCAGGACUGAUGACCCCCAUAAUCUAUUACCACUAUCUGGUAAUGCGCUACAGCUCCCGUCGCAAUCCCUAUCCCCGCACCGCAUUUGCCGAGCUCCGCAUCACCUUCGAGGCGCUGGCCGCCCGCUCGCCGCCCGCAGUGGGUAAGAUCAUCCGCGGAGGCAUCGGGUUCAUCAAUCGCCUGGCCCCGCAGCCACAACCGGCUCCGGCGCAGCAGUAGAAAGCAAACUGUUUGCGGAAAACAACAAUCAAAAGACAUCUGAACACGCCUAUUAAAAUAUCAACCAACUUACAUAGACGUUCAACAGGAGAUUGGGGUUCAUCCGUUUUAUUUAUUAGUCCAAACUCGUUGCUCCUUUUUUAAACAGGCAGUUACGAGCUCUUUCUUUAACACCUGAUUGUUUUGGUAGUUAAGUUUAAAUUUAAAUAUGUACUAUUGUAAUUUCGGAGUGUAUUAUGCUUUUUUCCAUCACUAAUUACGUUUUUGCGCACGAAGUGCUUUACAUUGAAGGCACGUAUUAUUACCAUCAAACGUAUUAUUACCAUCAAACCCUAAACAUAGAAGUUUAAUUUACUUUAAAUUGAAUUAUAUGCUUACGAAACUGAUCAAACUGAGAACCUGGA